UCGUAGCGUCGUCGUUUGUCGGGCAGAAAUCACACGCCAUUUUCUCGUGGACGCGUGCCGACGUUGGUGCGCCCGAACAAACGUUUCACCGUGAAAUACCGAAAACAGUUGAUUGACCAUCCUAAAGCCACAUCGAGGAUGAGUUACGGACGUCCGCCUCCCCGCAUCGACGGGAUGGUCUCCCUGAAGGUGGAUAACUUGACUUAUCGCACAACACCGGAGGACCUGCGACGCGUGUUCGAGCGUUGCGGCGAGGUCGGCGAUAUCUACAUCCCCAGGGACCGCUUCACCCGGGAGAGCCGAGGAUUCGCAUUCGUCAGGUUUUAUGAUAAACGCGAUGCUGAGGAUGCACUCGACGCCAUGGAUGGACGUCUGCUCGAUGGAAGGGAGCUUCGAGUGCAAAUGGCACGGUAUGGCAGGCCAACAUCACCACACAGAAGCCGUGGAAGUCGUCGCAGGGGGAGAAGAGCUCAAGGGGAGGAGAAUUGUGCUGUUCCAAAACGGUCUCGCAGUCGCAGCCGUGAUCGCAGGAGGUCUCGCUCCAGAUCUCGUUCAAGGUCACGAAGCCGUGACCGUGAUCGUAGACGCUCCUACAGCCGCAGCCACAGUCGCUCGCGCUCAGACAGCAAAAGCUCCCGAGGAAAGUCCCGCUCACGCAGCAAGAGUGCAGACAGGCAGAACAACAGCCGCUCCAAGUCAAGAGACUGAAGCGCUGAUGAGGUAUGAGAGUACAGCAUUGAGACGUGCCAGUCACGAUGAAAGUGCCCGAAUCGUUCUCACAGUCUGCAAAAGGUAUAUUCAAACUACUCUCCAUACCUUAAAAAAAACACAAAAAAAGAAAAAAAACACUUAGCACGUUCGGAGCAAUUAUCGCAUCAUAAUUUCGUUAGUUUGUUUUUUUCUCUUUCAUAUUAACCAUGGUGACGCACUUGGGUUUUUUUAAUUUUUAACCAAAUAUGAAAAAAAAAACAUCCAACAUGAAUGAAUUGUAAUAUUGAAUAAACAUUCGACUCUUAGUCAUUCGAAAAUAUUUCGGGUAUUGCUAUUAUUGAUCACUAUUGAUUAUCAAUAAAUUAAAAUCAAUGAAUUAAUGGACAAUUAUUGGGAAGAGCCGUAAUCAAUGACGGAUUUGAUGUCAGUGAUGAUUUACUGAUUAUACGCAGCGUUUUUAAAAUAAGUUUACAACAUGUAUAAUUUUUUAUUUCUCAUUCUCUCAUUUACGAAUAGAGUGAAUUAAUACUGAGUUUAACCAAUUGCUAAAUUGACAAAGGUAAUAAUAACUGAAGGACCUUAGAACCAUAACCGAGAGUUUACUGAACUAUUCUCACCACGAAAUUUCCUUGAAGAUAAAACAAUAUAAAAUCGUAAACGUAAAAUGAAAAAAAUAUAAAAUGUAGACUUUUCGCAGUAUGUAGAAACAGUUUUUCUAGACCAUAAGUUUUGCGUUUUUCUGUAAUUAUCAAUUUUUCAGGUUUAUUUAUGUACGUUUGCCAUUUAUAAUAAAGUAUAACUAAGAAGAUGUGUA